UGUGCACUUUUGCACGUGGAUCAUCUGCAGUGAUACUAUAUAUGGCCUUGGCAGUGAUUAUUUGUGUAUUUGAUUGUUUCUCGGGCUGUGUGCUAUUUUGUAAUUUCAUUGUUGUGAUCUUUUGAUAACUAAAAGCCCAAGAAAUUGAAAAUGCAAGUCUCGAAUCCAAACAACGUCAAGAUAUACAACUUGACAGCCGGAAAGUCCCUGCCAGACUGGCUAUCUGAAAAGAAGAAACGUGCGUUGUUGAAGAAGGAUGUCGAAGUUAGUCGAAGAAUUGAGCUUAUUCAGGAUUUUGACAUGCCAGGAGUAAGUUCCUGCAUUGGUUUAUCACCGGACAGGCAGUACGUGGUAGUGACUGGGAUGUAUAAGCCAACAAUGAAGUGUUUUGAUUUGCAUGAGCUUACUUUGAAAUUUGAGAGAUGCUUCGACAAUGAAGCUGUCAAGUUCACUUUCCUGAGUGAUGAUUUUUCUAAAAUCAUCUUCCUUCAGCAAGAUAGAUACAUCGAACUGCACACUCAAGGUGGCAGAUAUUUUCGCCUCAGAGUUCCAAAGUACAACAGAGAUAUGGCAUACCACAAGGAGUCGUGCGAUUUGUUCAUAGCAUGUGCUGGCAGUGAGAUGUACAGGCUGAAUCUAGAGAGGGGCUGCUUCUUGAGUCCUCUUCAGACUGAUGGAACCUGCGUCAAUGUCUGCAAGAUCAACCCAGUUCACCAGCUUCUUCUGGCUGGCACCCAAGAGGGGAAGAUAGAAGCAUGGGAUCCACGAUCCCGCUCAAGAUGUGGUAUCCUGGACUGUGCCUCUGGGGCACUCGAGGCAAACACAGACAUGGAAGGUGUUCCGAGUGUCACUGCGUUAGAGAUGAACGGAGGCCUGCAGAUUGGUGUGGGUCUCAGCACUGGCCAGGUUCUCCUGUAUGACAUCAGAUCUGACAAGCCUCUGCUGGUCAAAGACCACUACAAUGAGCUGCCCGUCAAGGACAUCAGGUUUCACUCUGGCAUGGAUCUGGUGAUGUCCAUGGACUCCAAAGUGGUGAAGAUCUGGGAGAAGGAAUCUGGAAAGCCGUACACCUCUAUCUCCUCUGACAAACAGCUCAACAAUCUCUGCACUGUGCCUGACACUGGACUGCUCUUCAUUGCUAAUGAAGCGCAGAAGGUCCAGACAUACUACAUUCCAUCCAUUGGUCCAGCCCCCAAGUGGUGCAACUUCCUGGACAACCUGACAGAGGAGCUGGAGGAGUCAGACGUGACGACCAUCUACGACAACUACAAGUUUGUGACCCGGCAGGAGCUCGAUGAUCUGGGGCUGACACACCUGCUGGGAACCAAUCUACUCCGGGCGUACAUGCACGGAUUCUUCGUCGACAUUCGGCUCUACAAGAAGGCCAAGUCGGUCGCCGAUCCAUUUGCGUUCGACGACUACCGGAAGAAGAAGAUCAAGGAGAAACUGGACGCUAAGCGCGACAACCGCGUCAAACUGGACAAGCUGCCCUCGGUCAACAAGGACAUAGCGCUGAAGUUGAUGCACGGUGCCAAGUCCUCCAAUGCCAAGAAGAGGAAGACGACUCAGGGCCUGCUGGAGGACGACCGCUUCAAGGCGAUGUUUGAGAACCCCGACUUCACGGUGGACCGCGAGUCUGACACGUUCCGUCUGCUGAACCCGGUGCUGAGCUCGCUGGAGGAGCAGCGGGCCGUCAAGGCGGAGCGCCGCCAGCGGCUGGCCGAGGAGCGCCGCCUCCAGGAGGAGCACCAGCGUCAGGAGGAGCUCGAGCCCGAGGGCCGGCCCAGCUCCGAGGAGGAAGACGACGAUGAGGACGAGGACAGCUCCGACGGCGAGGGCUACGUCACGGAGCGCCAGCGGCGCCAGCAGCAGCGCCAGCUGGAGCGGCGCCAGCGGCCCGCCGAGCUGGUGGCCAACCCGGCCGCGCUGCCCGUGCGCGUGCUGCAGGGCGACAGCGUGCGCGAGAUCACCGGCGGCGCCCGCCGCGAGCGGCGCGUGCCGCUCGGCGAGCGGCUGCGGCGCCAGCAAAGCGACGGCCCCGUGCAGCAUGUGUCCGGCUUCGGCAACCGGCAGAUGACGUUCACCUUGGCCGGGAAGAAGAAGCGCGACUCGCGGCGGCGUGAAGAGGCGCUGCGCCACCACGCCGAGCGCCGCAAGAUCCGCCGCUCGGCCAGCUCCCUCGGCAAGACCGCCGGCGCGUUCAAAAACGCGUAACGGUCGUGGUAGCGUUGUGCUGGCGUGUGUAUGUGUGUAUUUGUCGCGGUUUAAUGGGUUUUGCGUGAGAUAAAGGACGAGUAUGUUUGGAUGGUGUUAUGACUUCUGGAGUGCCUACUGCCUACAGCCUACAGCCUAUGUGUCGUUGCGAAUGCAUUGUGUCGAGUUGAGUGCUUUAGAUUGGCAGACAUCGGUAUUCGGUGCGAUGCUGCGAUUUUAUGUUGGAAAUGUAUUGUAAAAUGUCGUACGCUGAUGUCCCUCAUGGCCGUUGCGGAAGUCGAGUUUGUUGGUAGAUCAUUGCUGUUUUGGGGAUGAAACGGUUGACGUGUCCCCCAGCUGACUGACGAGGAGGGAGGGACAUGUCGGCAUCGUGUUCCCUUUCUUGAAGUGUCAGAUACCUUUCAUCUAAGGUAUCGACUUUGUAAUACAAAAUAAAUGUGGACCACUUGAAA